GCAUUUUAGGUUACAGAACAUUGUUGCGAUGUAUGAUAUAAGUUUCAAUGCUAACAUCGCACGUCGACGUUACCAAAACAUCGUGUAAACGGUUUAGUUUUACAAAUAUUUUAAGUUUACAUAUAAACAUCCCAUAAACGUUGACGUUUCAACAUCUCUGAAACAAGUUGCUGUAACAGUACAACAACAGCGUAGUGAUGUGAUGGAAAACGAUUUAUAUUAAUUCAAUUAUUAUUUAAAAAUAGACAAAUAUAGUGGUAUUUUUAUAUUAAAUAUAAAUAGAUAAAACAAAUUUUGUUUUAUCUAUAUCCCACGCUCGCCGCUAAAGCGCGGCUAGCUAACCCACCCACCGGCCAACAGUCACCACACAUAACCGCCUAACCUAACCAGUGAUUCACUGCGUUAUUGCAUUUUCUUCUGUAAUAACAAAUAGACAAUUAUAUAUAAUAAAGCAAUUAUUACUAGUAUAAACGGUUUUUCUAGUACGAUGACUACACCAAGUUUUAAAAAGUCAUCAUUCAGAAAAAAAUGGGUAGUGGCAGUUUUUCCCGAGUCCAAGGACUAUAGUGUUAUACCUACCAAUUGGCUAGUAGACAAGGAGAAAUUAGCCGAAGGUGCUAUUAAGUUUUGUCGAUGGCCACUCACCAGAGUAACUAGCAAUGAGUUAAAGGCUGCGGUUGAUCCAGAACCGUUAUGGGAAACGUACCGUGUAAAGGUAGUUGGCCGUAAUAAAUCAUAUGAUAAUUUUAAUAAAGCAUGGCACCAAAAAUUUUUUGAAGAGUCGUCAGCUACAGAAAAUGAAGAAAUGGAUAUUACAAAAAAAAAACAAAAAAAAAGCUACGAUAGUGAUUCAGAUGAGAGUGAUGAUGAAGGCAAUAGUGGUUUCUAUGUUGAGGAAAAGUCUAAAAGUUCAUGUGUUGACUUACAAACAGUAAACACAUGCCCGUCUAUAUCAUCUGUAUAUAAUAUGCUAUCACCAAUGCUACCAUCAAAUAUUCUCACACAAAUAGAUGAUUAUUCUGAAAAUGUAGAGCCAACGACAUCAAAUUCAUCAAUGACCCAUUUAAACACUACUGUUUCAGAAUUACAGGUAAUUAUUAUAGGUUCUCACUAA